AUCCGUGCCGUGUUCCUUCCACGUAUUAUGCCUCUUUAACAGCCUCCCACCCGCCAUACAGUACAAUGAAGGGGACAUGUACACUGAUCAUCAGGGCACUAAUGAUCAGUGUGCCCUGAUGAUCUGUGUAGCCCCAGCAGUGCCACCUGUCAGUGUCCAUCAAUGCCAGCUGUCAGUGCUCAUCAAUGCCACCUGCCAGGGCCCAUCAGUGCCACAUCAAUGCCACAUAUCAGUGCCUACCAGUGCACAUCAAUGUCAGUGCCCAUCUGAGCUGCCUUUCAGUGUCACCUAUCAGUGCCAGUCAGUGCCACCUAUCAAUGCCAGUCAGUGCCACAUAUCAGUGCUGCCAAUCAGUGCCAUCAGUGCCAGUCAGUGCCACCUAUGAGUGCCAGACAGUGUCGCCUAUCAGUGUGCAUCAGUGCCACCUAUCAGUGCCUGUCAGCGCUGCCUAUCAGUGCCACCUAACAGUGCCAGUCAGUGCUGCCUAUCAGUGCCAUCAGUGCCUCCUCAUCAGUGUCUAUCAGUGCAGCCUAUCAGUGCCCAUCACUGAGUCUCAUUAGCGCACAUCAGUGAAGGAGAAAAAUCGCUUAUUUACAAAAUUUUAUAACAA